AAGUACGCCCUCAGUCAGAGGACAAGCGACGAUCGAUGCAAGAGCCGAGCUGAUCGAAAGAAUUCCGUUCUUAGACUUAGUCUUCUAGAAAUCUUUCUGAAAUGGUGAAUUUUUGCUGUGUUACGGGGUGUUCGAAUCGAAGUAACCGGGAAAGGGACCUGUCCUUCUACUGUAUACCGACGGUUUUGCAUCAUCAAGGUGAACACUCGCAUAAACUCUCAAAACAGCGACGGGAAAAGUGGCUUUCCAACAUCAAACGCAUUGGAUGGGAACCGGCAAAGCAUUCGCGUGUAUGCUCUGUACAUUUCAUCAGUGGCAAGCCAUCAUUUCUGCAUUGCGUGGACCAUCCAGACUGGGCCCCCACACAAAGAAUGGGGUAUACCACCUCCAACGCUUCCUCACCCUUGCAACAAGGUAAACAAACAAAACAGCGUAAGCGCAAGGCAGAUGAUAUCUCCGCCGCAUCGGCAUUGAUUGAAUUGAGGCAGAAUUCCCAACCAGCAGCGGAUGAUAAGCAACGGCAUGAGGAGCAUGACACCAAUAGAGUCAACAGGGGGUGCCAAACGGACAUGUCAUCCCAGGAUGUAUCUAUGAUCCAUGAGCGGUACAAGCAGAUUGAACAGGACAACAUUGCACUCAGAACUGAAGUUCUUGAUCUAAGAGAAAAAGUCAAAUCACUCCAACACUCAAGAAAACCUGGCAGGGCAAAGCUGCGUGUAGUCUUCAGACAUAAAAAUAAAAUGUCAACUGCUAGGCGGACAAACCUUUGUGUGAGUGAUCCAGGUGCGCAAGGUGUCAGCUGAUGUCAAAUCAAGGGAAAAAUCCAGCAACUCUUGAGGUUGAAUUUUAAACCUAAAUCCUUAAUUGAUUGCAAGGAUUGCCUUUCUGUAGCCAGUCAGGUUAAACCUAUUUUAUUUGAUUUUGUUACUUCAGAAGUUCAGGGAAUUGGAUUUGGGACCAAGAACCAGUGGGGCUAUUUCCUUACAAUCACAAACAAGUGGGGCAAAAAGGUGUCUGAUUGAAAAUGAUUGAGGCUUGCCCUCCUGUUGACCUGCGCGAAAGAGAGCUCCGCCCUAGCAUUGUUCAGUAUGCUCACCAUAUGGUCUACAUGUUGAAAUACAGGCAAGUGCUCUUGGACAUAGCUCAGAGAUUAAAAUACUUGUAUGUCUAAACUUGUUUGGCCUACGGAUUGGGUGUGCAUCAGUCCAAGGUGUUCAAAAGUUUUCAUCGGGUUCUGGACAUAAUGAAUAAGACAGCUUGACUUAUAUAAACUAGCCAAGUCAUGAUGACUUUGUGUGAGUAUGCCAAAUUCUCUGUUUCAUAAAGUUUUAAAGGAAUGUGCAACCAUCAUCAACGGCACUGAAAUAUCUAUUGACAAUUGGCUAUAAGUCCUCCAAGAUUGAAAAAUAAGUGUAUUAGCUACUGAUUUUGUUAAAAGAGGCCCAGUGGAUAAGUCUUCUGACUUUGAAACAGAAGGUUGUGGGUUCGAAUCCCAGCCAUGGCGUAAUUUCCUUCAGCAAGAAAUUUUUCCACAUUGUGCUGCACUCAACCCAGGUGAGGUGGAUGGGUACCCAGUAGGAAGAAAUUUGUUGACUGCUUGAGCGCCAAGGCAGCCCAGCUAAAGCCAGGGUAAUAAUAAUAGCAGGGCCCGCUUGGAGAACAGUUUUCAGAACUGAAGUGGUUUCCCUGGAUAAAUAGGUCUAUAUUAUUAUAAUUAUUAUACACACUUUAUAGAACUUGGGAAGUAUAAAAUAAUUAUUCAUGUAAUGACAUAAGAAAAAGGAAAGAUUGGACACGACAUCAUCAGCCAACCCACUGCAUUCCAUCACAGCAUACAUACAUGUAUUCCAUAUUUCAAGAUUGUUUUCACGAAAUAAUGCUUAACUUUAAAGGAGAAUGAAACCCUUGGAACAAGUUGGCUUGUGUUGAAACAGAAAAAUCAAAGAAUAAGAA